AACGACCUUCAUCCUAUAGAAUUGACGGCACAUGCAUUAUUGAAUGGACCUUUAGAAAACCUUCAUGAGAACUUUGAACUGCUUACUCAAUCCCAAUACAUUCUUUUAACUAGAUUAAAGUUAAUUGAGAAUCGGUUAACGAGUUUCGAAAAAGCGUUUUGUGAAGAAGGUCUGUUUGUUAGCGAUCGGGAUGUUCAAAAUUCUUUUAGUAGAAUAAAAGAAUUAAGGAAACUGCUUUUGAAAUCAUUGAAGACACUAUCAAAAAUAAGCGACCGAGUAAAUGACAUGUCUACUAAAUUAGAG